AAUUAAACCCCGAUAGAUAGUCCCCCAAACACAAAACACUGUAAAACCCUAGCAAAGUCUCUCUCUCUGCACCAGAAAUCAACCCCAUGGCGCAGAACCUUCUCCGCCUCCGGCGAAGCCUAAGCAGCAGCCUCGUCGCAAAUCUCCACCGUUCUCUAUCGUCAACCUCCGCACUCUCCUCUGUCCCACGCUCCUCUUCCCCUUCCCCUUCCUCCUCCUCCUCCCCCGCCGUUGUUCAAUCUCUCCAAUUCCGAUUCCAAUCUCGAUCAUUCAGGUCGUCCUCCUUCUCUUCUGCACGGCCGCCUUACGGCAGCAACAACCAAAAUGACGAGAUUGGCCCCGACACCAUACUCUUCGAAGGCUGCGAUUACAACCACUGGCUCAUCGUCAUGGAUUUCCCCAGAGAUAACAAGCCUUCUCCCGAAGAGAUGGUCAGAACUUAUGAGGAAACCUGUGCUAGAGGCUUGAACAUCAGUGUGGAAGAGGCAAAAAAGAAAAUUUAUGCUUGUAGCACAACAACGUAUACAGGCUUUCAGGUGUUGAUGACUGAGGAAGAGUCUGAGAAGUUUAAUGGUGUACCUGGAGUUAUUUUUGUGUUCCCGGAUUCUUUAUUUUUCUGCACGAUACUGGAAAAAUGAGUUGGCGAGCGGUUUAACAUCUUGGCAAACAGCUUUGGAGAUUGUAAGCCCCAACGACACAGGAACGAGCAUUUUCGGGGAGAGUUCAGACCUGGAGGGGAAUCACUAAUGUCUCCCUCCUAGUUGUCCAGUCUACUUACUUCUCAAAUCAAAAGAAGCGGCUGGGCGAGAACAAGAAGCGGUCGUCGAAAUUUUUGUUGAUUCCACAAGCCUUGAAAGUACAUUGGAGGUACAUGUGCAAAAGUAACAGACCAGCUUGAUCAAGAAAAGGCUUAUAUUGUUUGGAACCCUGGUUCACAAUUCAGUAUUUGCAACUGCAGUUGGGUACAAAUAAGGAACCUGUGUGAGCAUAGACUCAAGAUACUCAAGGUUAUUAGUGUCUGCAGGAAAAGAAGUCAUCACGUGCCAUCUGUCAGCUUAUUGCAGUUCCACCAGGCCUUGCUUGAUAUGCUCCGUUGCCCAACUCAUGAUUCUUUAAUUCGUGAUCACGCUGUUUCUUUUGCGGUCUUUGUACAGAACCAGUUAAGUGGACCUAAUUUCGAAAGCAGCAAUGGCACAAUGGAUCAGGCAGCCUUAGCUGAUAAAGAUCUAGAAUUAUGUAAAUGAGGGCCCAGUAAGUGAAGAAGUAUUAUCUCAUGAGAAUAGUUGUGCGGAUGAGCAUGUUGCUGUGGGCACUGAAACGAGUAGUAUGGUUGCAUGUGGAAAUGGCCUAUAUAAUGAGGGUUGUGGAGAAGAAAUCACUUCGUCUGAGAUGGGAAGAUGGAUGUUGACCCAUCAUCCAUCUGUAUUUCUCCACCUGGGUUACAUUCUGUUGAUGAAGUUGUGUCUAGCCAUGUCCUCUCACGAAGCAGACAGAGGCCCUUGUUUAGCGCAGAAACUGAGGAUUUGCUUUCCGCAGAUGAUCCUAUCACUAAUUCAAGUGAAUAUGAGGAUGAUAUGUUAGAUGAAAAUUGUGAAAAAAAUGUGAUGAGUACGGAUCCACUCUCCCUUCACAUCCCUUGUUCAACAAUGGAGUUUGUGGAGCAAUGCACAGUACGCCAUUCUAAUGAUCUCCACAGCCAUGAAGUCAAUCCCGCCAUUGUUUCAAAAGUACAUAAUGACAUUACAGUAUAUAAUAAUACCUCCCCAUCUUCAUCUGUGCCCGUUGAACCACAAGCUUCAGGUGUCAUAGAAAAUGAGAGCAUGGAAAUUGGAAGUGUGGACGGAGUGGUCUUUGUGGAGCAUUGCGCAUCAACCAAUCCUAAUGGUAACCACAGCCAUGAUAUUGAUACUGCGCCUACUGUUAUUUCCAAAAGAUCCCCUGACAAUACUGUUUAUUACAAGACCUCUGCAUCUGCAUCUAUGCCUGUUGAAUCAGAAAUGGUUGUAGUGGCCGAAACUUCAGGUAUCAUUUUAGAAAAUGAUAGAAUGGAAAUUGAAAGUGAGAAUGGAAGCACAAUCUGUGCUGAUAAUCCUUCCACCUUGGACGGCGUUCGUGGUUGUAUGAUAAAUGGUUCAGAUUGUAGUCAGGAUUCAGAAUCAGUUGGCAGUGCGAUGGUUGUGUACUCAGAACCAUUGCUCAAGUUCUCAUCAACAUCAAGUUGCAACAAGGAAGAGCUGCCUGUUGAGAAUGGGGUUACUGAAACUCUUCAAUCACUGAAUCUCAUCUUAAAAAGUGUAAACUUCAAGAGGGUGCCGUAAUCAUCAACAACAAUGUGGUGAUCCACCAGCCAGUUAUCAGUGACAUCAAUGUUACUUCUGCCAAGGGAAAUGCUCGAGGUGAAUCUGCUAAUGCCUUUUGACUAUGGAGUUCAACAGAUGUGACAUAUUGGUGCUUCAAUGAGCUUUAGGGUCCUUGAACAAGAAAAAAAGUAGUGUUCAGGGUAUUUCUUCAUGUACAUACUCUUCAAUAGAUCCGACUAUAUAGAAUUUUUGUUCACUCCACCAACGUUGCUGCAUUGAAGCCUUAGUAUCUCAUUAUUUUGUUCUGAUGAUCAAGAAAAUAUAAAUAUUUUAAUAACUAUAUGACUAAUCUACUGUAUUUUCCUUAGAUGGUUCUUGUAAUAUUCCCAUAUGGAGGAAGGAAAACGAUAGCUAGGUAAUGUGAAUUUCGUUGUUCUGAAA